GCACAGCGCAGGCGUAGAUAUCGAGCGGCUGGGUCAGCUGACCGGAGGGGGCGAACCAACCUAUUUAGGCCGCGCGCCUCGGCCUCUGUUCCCCCGCCACCAUGGCCAGCCAGUCGCAGGGCAUCCAGCAGCUGUUGCAGGCGGAGAAGCGGGCCGCCGAGAAGGUGUCCGAGGCCCGCAAGCGAAAGAACCGGAGACUGAAACAGGCCAAAGAAGAAGCUCAGGCUGAAAUUGAACAGUACCGCCUGCAAAGGGAGAAGGAGUUCAAGGCAAAGGAAGCCGCGGCUCUGGGCUCUCACGGCAGUUGUAGCACUGAAGUUGAGAAGGAGACCCAGGAGAAGAUGACCAUCCUUCAGACCUACUUCCGGCAGAACAGGGAUGAAGUCCUGGAUAACCUCUUGGCCUUUGUCUGUGACAUCCGGCCAGAAAUCCAUGAAAACUACCGCAUAAAUGGAUAGGGGAAGAAAAAAGAAGCACCUGUUCCAUGGAUUGGCAUUUUAGAUGACUUCAUGGAAUAUGAAGCUUUAGCAAAGCUUGAGUUCUAUUUCUGUGAAAAGGCAUUAAGUUAUUUCUGUAUAUUAUAUAGUAGGUACCUUCACUUUUUGGAGAAUAGCAAAUCUAGCUGCUUUGUACAAACUUAGAGCCUAUCCAAAGAUUUCAUCUUUUUACCUUGUAUUUCUUAGAAAUUUAAUGGGUAUACAUUGUCUGUUUUCCUAUGCCUUUUAGCUCAAGCAACAUACAUAUCAAUACUGACUUUUUCUUUCUUAGAUGUAGUAAGAAAACCUUUUUUUUUUUUUUUAAGAAAGAAAGGGAAAGUUUUUUUCCCUAAAGCUUUCUUGAAGGUCAGGGGCUUUAUCUAUGAAAAAGUAGUAAAUAGUCAUUUGUAGUCUGUGUGAAGCAGCAGCCAGCCUUAAAAUAGUCAUUUUUGGUUAAGGGUUAGAACAAUGAAUAUUAGUGUAAUUGUUCAGGCUGCUUUUAGUUUCUCUUAAUCAGAAUUACUAGAUGAUAGAAUUCAAGAACUUUUUACGUGUUACUACUUAGUAUGUGUACUGAUAAUCAUUUAAAAGUAAAGACUCGUCACACAA